UAUAAUCUCGUGAUUAUUUUUAUGUAUUAGAUAAUUUUUUGUCGGAAAACAGUUAUUCUGCAAAAAGUUGAUUACUAACAUUGGUUUUAUUCGCAUUUCCCAUUCACCGGUCUACGGGUCGUCAGGUCUAAGUACCUGCAGAGUUUUCCAUCGCCGUUUGCUUCGUAUCGUGAUGGCGACGUUACUCAGUUUCUCAAGAUUUCUUAAUUACGCGGCGAGUAAUUGCCUGAGAAGAGUAGCACCGGCCGUAAUUUGCAAACAAUAUUAUCCUGCAUUAAGAUUGUGGGAAACGCCAGUAAGAACGCCAAUAGCAGAAUAUCGGACAGCUAAACCACCAUGGAUGAGACCAAUUCCAAAUUACCAAACAGAGAUACAGGAAUGGAAUGAAGAGAGAGAGAAAAUAUGCACAGAUGUGACAAACGAAAUUAACAAUCAGAUCGCAACGGACAGUACCGGCCGUAUGUUCGCAGUUGUCCAAGUAUGUGGAAAACAGUUUAAGAUAACAGAACACGACAUUAUAAUCAUUGAGGGAUUCUGGCCACCGAACAUAGGCGAUCAACUAAAACUGGAAAAAGUGUUGCUGAUUGGCAGUAAAGAUUUCACUCUCAUAGGCAGACCAAUUUUAAACAGAGAAUUGGUUUCAGUCGAUGCAACGGUUAUAGAAAAGACUUUAUCUCAUACAAAAACUCGCUUUAGGUUCCAGGCAAGGAAACAGUAUCGUCGUAUAAACUUCUACAGAAUACAACACACGAUGCUACGGAUUAACUCCAUAAAUAUAAACGGAAACAUCAACGAGAAAAAAGAAGUGGAGGGAUUAGACAGAGUGUAUUAACAGUAUGACACACAUACAAGAAUAAAAAAUGAUUAUCAUGUGCAUUUUGCAUAAAACGGAACAUCCUAUAUGUCAAAUUUAUGUGUGUAUAUAUAUAUGUAUAUGUUAAUAAAUAUUUACAACAUGCGCAAAUAUGGUGUAUUAUCCUCUGUAUGUAUUCAGAGAACAGAAGGUAAAAGUUACUUAUUUCAAAUUAAAUGACAGAUUGCAUGGUGAAAAUAAUUUGAUAAGAAAUCCUGCA